CACCACCACCACCAUUAUCAUCAUCAUUAUCAUUACCACAACAUGGGAAGCAUCACGGAGAUGCAGAUGCAGGAGGAAUUCAUCUUCCGAAGCCCUCAUUCCGGGGUUGUUCCGGUCCCGGAGAACGUGACGCUGCCGGAGUUCGUGCUUCAGAACUCAGAGUCAUACGCCGACAAGGUGGCGUUCGUGGAGGUCGGGAGCCGGAAGGAGAUAACGCACGGGCAGGUGGCGAGGGACACAGAGAGGUUUGCCAAGGCGUUGCGAUCUUUGGGUGUGAGGAAAGGACAUGUGGUGAUUGUGGUGCUUCCGAAUGUUGCUGAAUAUGCGAUUAUUGCAUUGGGGAUUAUGGCCGCCGGCGCAGUGUUUUCCGGUGCCAAUCCGGCAGCUCAUGUUUCGGAGAUCAAGAAGCAGGCUCAAUCUUCUGAUGCCAAGCUGAUUGUCACCAAUGGACUCAACCAUGAAAAGGUCAAAGGUAUAGGCCUACCAGUGAUAGUGCUGGACGACGAGCCCAUUGAAGACGCCAUGAACUGGAAGAAGCUUCUAGAAGCAGCAGACCGAGCCGGCCAAACCGGUCCAAGAGAACCCAUCUCACAAACCGACCUCUGUGCCAUGCCUUUCUCCUCAGGAACCACCGGACUCUCCAAGGGCGUCAUGCUAACUCACAGAAACCUCGUCGCCAACCUCUGCUCCACCCUCUUCGGAGUCGAACCGGAGAUGGUGGGUCAGGUCACCACCCUAGGAUUGCUUCCCUUCUUCCAUAUCUAUGGCAUCGCCGGAAUCUGCUGCGCCACGCUGAGGAACAAAGGGACGGUGGUGGUGAUGGGCCGAUUCGAACUGAGAAGUUUCCUGAAUGCUUUGAUAGCUCACGAGGUCAUGUUCGCUCCGAUCGUGCCUCCGAUCAUUCUGAACUUGGUGAAGAAUCCGAUCGUGGAUGAGUUCGAUCUCUCUAAGCUCAAGCUUCAGGCCGUUCUCACGGCGGCGGCUCCUCUUGCACCGGAAGUUCUCACAGCGUUCGAAAAUAAGUUCCCUGGUGUUCUUGUUCAGCAAGCGUAUGGACUAACAGAACACAGCUGCAUCACACUGACGCACGCACACAGAGGAUUAGCGAACUCAAAGAGGAACUCAGUGGGCUUCAUACUCCCAAAUUUGGAAGUGAAGUUCAUUGAUCCUGACAGUGGCAAGCCCCUCCCAAGGAACACUUCUGGCGAGCUUUGUGUGAGAAGCCAGGCCGUCAUGCAAGGUUACUACAAGCAAGUGGAAGAGACUGCACAGACAAUUGAUAAGAAUGGGUGGCUUCACACAGGAGACAUAGGCUUCAUUGACGAUGACGACAAUGUGUUCAUUGUUGAUCGUAUCAAGGAGUUGAUUAAAUACAAAGGCUUCCAAGUUGCCCCGGCAGAGCUAGAGGCCAUUCUUCUAUCUCAUUCCUCUGUUGAAGAUGCUGCCGUCGUGCCAAUAGCAGAUGAAGAAGCUGGAGAGAUCCCAGGGGCAAGUGUGGUGAUGAGCCCAGGUGCUCAAGAGACUGAAGAAGACAUCAUCAAGUUCGUUGCUUCCAACGUUGCUAAUUACAAGAAAGUGAGAGUGCUUCACUUUGUCGACUCAAUCCCUAAGUCUCCUUCUGGCAAGAUCAUGAGGAGGCUUGUUAGAGACAAAAUGCUUCAUAACAUGCCUUCUCACUCCACUAAUCCUUCUCAUUCAACAUCGGCCUGACUUUUCAUUUAUAUAACAAUUUAGUUGGGUCAUAUCUGUCUCUACUAUUAGUGGGAUCUACUUGGAAACACUUGAAAGAAAGAAACUGAAAAAAAAAAAAAAAGAUGAGUAUGGAGAAUAAUGCUUUUUAAAGUUUAAUGGAGUUUGAUCACCUCCAUGUUAGUAUUCCCUAUCUAAGUUUUCUUUUUUUGCCAACUAUGUAUUAUUCUCUAGUCAUGAUGAUCAAUUAAUCUCAAUCAAAUUAUUGUGUACUA